CAGAUGAGGUCAAACGGAGAUAAGUAACGAAAAGUAGGCCAAUGCAAUAGUGACGAAUUGUCACAGAGACACGCAACAGAACAAGUAUAAAACAACCAAACCACGCAUUCUGAAACUGCAAAGAUAUACCCACCAACCCGGAACCAAAUCUGCAACACAACCGUACCAACAUGGCCGCACACCAGACAUUGCUGGCAGGUCACGCCACCAACGAAGACAAGAAACCCACAGGCAUCUCAGGCGCUGCGCGUCUGCGACAAAUGCUAUCCGAUCCGAGCAAAACAGUCGUGGCACCCGGGGUCUACGAUGGGAUCACCGCUCGCCUUGCUCUCUCAGCCGGCUUCGAAUGUCUCUACAUGACUGGCGCGGGGACAUCAAUGUCACGGCUCGGAAUGGCGGACUUGGGCAUGGCUACAUUCCACGACAUGCACCAAAAUGCGGCCAUGAUUGCGUCCAUUGACCCGACAGUUCCAGUAAUUGCUGAUGCGGACACUGGUUAUGGAGGUCCCAUCAAUAUCGCAAGGACAGUGCAGAGUUAUGCGAGAUCUGGCGUUGCGGGGCUGCAUAUUGAAGAUCAGGUGCAAGAAAAGCGAUGCGGGCAUCUGAGCGGAAAGCUCCUUGUGAGCCGGGAGGUGUACUAUAAUCGCCUUAGAGCAGCAUGCAAGGCGAGGGAUGAGUCCCGUGAUGACAUUGUGAUUAUUGCACGAACGGAUGCGCGAGCUGGUAAGGACACAGAAGGGAAUGGAGGUUUUGAGGAAGCAAUUGAGCGUUUGACCGAGGCGGUCAAGAUUGGUGUUGAUGGACUUUUCUUUGAGGCUAUACAAGACCUGGACGAAGCCAAGCAGGUCAUUGAGCGUCUGCCUAAGGUUCCAGUGCUGCUAAAUAUGGUACAAGGUGGUAGGACGCCGCAGGUCAGCAAUGACGAAGCGAACAAGAUGGGCUUCCGAAUCGUCAUCUGGCCGUGCUUGGGCAUGGAAGCUGUCGUGCCGGCGAUGAGAAAAGCACUUCACUCGCUAAAAGAGACUGGGCAGCCGCCGGUGGAUCAGAAGAUGGGACCUGCUGCGCUCUUUGAAACGUGCGGACUCAAGGAGUUGAUGGCUUUUGACGAGAGUGUAGGUGGCAAAGCCUACGCGUAGGAUAGGUGAAUUUAGCAGAUUCCCUCCACGCCUUAUCCUCCUCUACCUAUUGCCCAUUCCUCCCUUCCCUUAAACCUGCAGUGGGGUUGUCCCACCUCCGUUUUGGUCAUUACUCCGGGUCGAUGGCUUCUCACAAGGCUGGCGAAUGCUCCAGGAGAUCAGUCGCCACCGCCUUGAAAGAAAGACGUGCCAAAUAGAACCUCGAUCCUUCGGCAGAAAUAUUUG